CCAGACACCAGUAAUCGCGCUCCCCUGCCGUCCUGCAGGGCUUGGGUUCAGCUCCUGCACCCUUAUCCCAGCUACUGCGCAUAGCUGUUAGGGUAUCGCGCCACAAGAAACAUGGUUUCAGCUCAUCAACUGCUAUCCGCGGAACGGGAUUUACUCGUCUUUUCGUUUCUGCGUUGCCCCACCGUACCGGUCCGGAGCGAAACGAUAUCCGCUUUGCGCAAACCUACUUUUCGAGUGUGACGAUCAAGCACAUAAAUAGCUGUGGAGAACUGAGGAAAUCAUCAGUGUUCCUGGUCUCGCCAGCGACUUUCAAUCUUCCAAUCUUCCAAUCAAGCUAGUCUACUUGGUUGACGCGGAACACUUUGGUGCACUAGAAACUGUCUGACGUUCUCCAUCAGUUGAGAAGGAGAAGAUAAGUUUUAGUCUUGUACGUGGUACGCUACAUUGCACGCACCACUGUUCUCAGACAAAAAGACAGCGAGAGAGAGAGCGAACACAAGAGGACCUCACACCUUUUCACACCUUUGCGUAUUUCGUCUCAGUGGUCGUCCCUCAUCAUGUCCACUCUUCGUCUUCUGCCCAUCGCGGUGCUUCUCUUCGCUCUGUUCGGCCACGGCACUUCCCGCACUCUCGAAGGACUCUUGCAGUUCGCACAGCGCAGCAACCAGCCAGCCGAAUCUACCGGUACGACAGUCGAGAAGAGCAGGGCAAAGUUCAACUUCGCCGUCGAGGACAAUGGUGCGCGCGAGAACCACGCCAACCAACGAGAACCGAAAUCGGCGGAGCAGAUACACAUGGAGUUCCUCUAUCGUCAUCUGGCUUCGCGGCGUCGCAACGGGCCAACAAUCUCCAGCCGAUGCCUGUCAUCCUCCUACCGAAGUCGACCACUAUCCGUUUUCUACGAAGAAGGAUCCCUGUGUACAUCAUUCAGUUGGCUACUGCCGGAGAAUGAUGAAGCAACGACGUGCUUUGCCGAGAUGUGGUUCACGCCGGACCACUUCACCAGUCUGAUGGCGGAGGGAUCACGGCAUGACGUCCUGGAUCACGUAGCGUCACUGCAGAUAGUGGCAGGAGACUUCAAGACAACCGUAGCUAGCCUCGGCAAAGUCUGGUCUGCCAUUCCGUCAUCACAGUGGAUUGUUGUGGAAGUUAGUCAGGAAAUCCGCGCUAGAGCCAGGGCCUCGUCCAAGACAGCUUCAGAACCUGUUGUGAAGGUGUGCAUAGCAGAGAACAGUACGGUCAAUAGUGAUCGGCCAAGUCAGGUCCUCAGCGUCGCUCUGAAGCCAAUUGGUCAGCACCAGCAUCAUGAGCGUCGUACGCAAACAAUCGGCAACAUGAUCAGCCGCAGUCCAUUCUCCGUGACCGGUGUGCGCAAGGCUGCACCUCUCUCCAUCGCUCAGUUCAUUCGCAAUCACUCCUCCCGGCCACUGCGCCGAUCUCGCCUGCAAUCACGCGGUGCACCAUCCACCCAUGGUCGGCGUCGCAGAGAAGAAGUCGUCCCGACCCCGUCAGACAUUCCCCUCCAUGUGGAGAUUGAAGAGGGUGCCAUGGCUAUCCCAGAAGAAGAGCUCUGCCGACGGCAAUCACUUCUUAUUCACCUUCCUGACUACAUUGACGACGUGGAGGUGCUCCGUCCAAAGAACUUGGACAUCUAUGAUUGUAUAGGGGAAUGUGACUUCGGUAUGCCAGCAACGCAGCAUGCUUCCUUCAUGGAUCUAGUCCGCGAUGGCGUAUCAGACCAGCGUCUCAGCCACAGCUGCUGCAUCCCUGCAAAGUUCCAGAGCAACGAAUUCUUCAUCCUGGUGCGCGAUGACCUCAAUAUCACCAAUGUGGUCAACCUGAUAAACCCUGUUGUGACGGAAUGCGGAUGCUCCUGAGCUAAUUCGACCAGUGUGUCACGGAUUUGAACUUGGGUAUUGACUUUCACACCAGGAAAGGAAUCAUACCCAAAACAUCUCGCGGCCACUAAUGCCAUGGUAUCUAUGAGCUAUCACUCACUGGUGACCUGACCUAAGUCAUAGUCCAGCACAUGCAUGCAAUUCCUCUGCCAUAUUUAUAAGACUCUGACCACCACAGCUAAGCAACAAGGCCAUUUCACCUGCUAGUUUGGUUAAAAUCUUAACACUUGAAACUUGAGAUAAUUGCUUGAGAUCUUUUGCACUCCUUCCAAUACUAAAACGAGUCUCACGUAAACCAUGAAUUUUUCCCCAAUACUAUACUCAAUUUUCACCUUCUGCCCCCCCCCCCCCCCAUUAGCUCUCUUCUAUGAUUGUUAUUGAAGUACAAGUUACAAGGACGGUAGCCAUUUGCUUGCCUUACCUGUCUCCUCACCCUGCGACUUUGCUCUAUGAAUUCAUAACUACGGCAAUAAUAACAUCAUGAUCGUUCACCUGA